AUGCAGAAAAAUGCACUCAGUGUCCAGGAGGUCACCAUCCAAACAUCCACCAAGAUCAUUGUAUCCCCAAAAUGAAAACUUUCCUUUCUUACCAAGAAAAUUUGGGGGUCGUCCUGGCUUCUUUUGCCUUGUUCCUCUCUUUAAUGUCAGGCUUUGUCUUGGGAAUAUUCAUUCAAUUCCAGGAAACUCCAAUUGUUAAAGCCAACAAUCAGGACCUUUCCUACAUUCUCUUCAUCUCCCUCCUGCUUUCCUUCUUGACCUCCUUCCUCUUCAUUGGCCGGCCAAGGAGAGCCACCUGCCUUCUGCGACAAACAGCCUUCAGCAUCAUUUUCUCAGUUGCUGUCUCUUCUGUCUUGGCCAAAACAGUCACAGUGGUGCUAGCCUUCUUGGCCACAAAACCAGGCAGUAAAAUACAGCGAUGGCUGGGAAAGAGCUUGGCUAAUUCCAUCAUCCUUUCUUGCUCUUGUAUUCAAGUUGUCAUCUGCAGCAUCUGGUUGGGUACUGCUCCCCCAUUCCCUGACUCUGACAUGCACUCCCUACCUGGAGAGAUCAUCCUGCAAUGUAACGAAGGUUCUGUCUCCAUGUUUUAUGGAGCCCUCAGUUACAUGGGCUUCUUGGCUGCUGUCUGCUUUACGGUGGCUUUCCUGGCCAGGACCCUGCCUGGGGCCUUCAACGAAGCCAAGCUGAUCACCUUCAGUAUGCUGGUCUUCUGCAGUGUCUGGGUCUCCUUUGUGCCCACCUACCUGAGCACCAAGGGCAAGUACAUGGUGGCUGUGCAGGUCUUCUCCAUCUUGGCCUCCAGUGCUGGUCUGCUGGCCUUCAUCUUUAUGCCCAAGUGCUACAUUAUUCUGCUAAGGCCAGAUCUCAAUACAAAAGAACGUUUGAUGUCAAAAUUACAUUGA